UGGUCUAUGGAGAGAUCUGCAGCGACGCCGUAGCGACGCAGACCGAGAUGGACGAGUAUUUGCGGAGGGUCCAGAGCAGACUCGGGGCAGAUGCAUCAGAGGAUACCAUCCAUGCUGUUUUAGGUGGACCAGAGCCAGAUGUUGAUACUGUGGCCGCAACACUGUGCAUAGCACUGCACCUAAGCCAGAAGGAAACAUCAGGUGAGGUGUGUGUGCCGGUGCUGUGCCGCGGUCACUGUGACACUGUGUUGCCCGAGGAGACGGUGAGGUAUCUACGGAGGGUGAAAAUCUCUCAGAGCUCACUGGUGUGGAGAGAAGAUAUAGACCUCAUAGAGCUCCAUCAUACUGGAAAACUCUCACUCACACUGCUGCGAGAUGGACUGGUAGAUAGCUCUGAGUACCACACCUUGGAGUCCAGCGUCCUGCGAGUGGUCCAUCGUGACGGCCAGCAGGAUGCAGGGGAUGAUCGGGCAUCGUCCGUGGUGUCGACAGUCGCCGGGGAGAUUCUUCAAGAGGCAUCAGAGCACAUCGGAGCAGCGCUAGGGGAGACUCUCGGAGAGGCCUUACGGCUGCAAAGUGAAGCUUUGUGGAUCAAACACGGCCGUCGUUCAGCUCAACUAGAGGAGCUCAUGAGAUCCUGGGAGCAAUGGAGUGAUGUCACUGCCGCUCAACCUGAUGUUGCAAAGCUGCAAGACUUGGAGCAUCUGCUGACUCUGGAGCUGAAGGAGUUUUCUGAUGGAGAGUUGACCAUAGCAUUCACUUCAGUGACCACAGAUAAGGAGGACUGGCAUGGUUAUGUGGACGGUCUGAAAUCAUUCAGCCACCGCCAUGGCUAUGAUGCUCUGGUGGGUCUCCUAUCCAGCAAUGAUACAGUUCACCAUCCCCGCCAGCAGGUGGCUGUCUACUCUAACAACACAGAUCUCCUAAACCAGAUCUGCUGUGAGUUGGAAGAGUCUUCCAGCUGGUGUCUUUCUGGUGAAUUGGAUGCCAGGGGGGGUCUCCAGGUCUAUCACAUCCCUAUAAACACCUGCCUAACUUCUGGUCCUCCUCCUCUGCUGGUAGAAGAAAUAAAGGGCCUCCUCAGGGACUUUGUUGACCGGCGGAGCUCUGUAUUAGCCUGCCAUCCCAGCAGUAGGACCUCUUCCACGGAGGGAGUGGCAGGCAGUGUCGAGUUCUCCCAGGGAUCAUCUGGUAUCAAUGACAUGGAUGGCUCUGACAUUGAGAGAACGGACGGAGGCAGUGGAGAUGUGGUGCCAAUAGCAAGAGUGAUGACUGAUGGAGAAGAAGUCACAGGAGGUGUAGGCGCUGUUGCUGGUGGGGAGCUUGUGAGCCCCGACAGUGGUAUGACCACCAUCCGGAGCAGCCGCUCCUCCAAGGAGAGUUCGGUGUUCCUCAGUGAUGACAGCCCAGUCGGGGAAGUUAUAGCAGGAGGAGGACCAGCUGCAGGGCCAGGAGGACUCUUCCUGAGAAACCCUUCUCCCCUGGGAAUGUUAUCCCUCUCACCUCCUGUUCCACCUGAGAGGAGGAAGAACCGCUCUGACAGAAAUAAGAGUGAAAACUUGGACCUGUUUAGUUUUGACCCACUAAAUAGCAGUGACCAGUCAAUGCAAUCAAGAGGAGAAUUGGCAACUUCUGGAGUAAGAGUAGAUGAAGUAGAAACAAGAGCAGGUAGCUCUAGCUUAUCAGAACUUGAUGAGCUCAGCUUGUUGGAUUUUUCUGCCUCGUUAGGUGGGCUUGACAGUAGAAAUUUUUCAAUUGAUGACCAUGGUCUAAUCCAUGGUAAUGACAUGAUUGACACUGUGGUUCCUCCAACUCCAGUCAACAGCGUGGUAGGUAGCCGUCCACCCAGCAGUUGUGGGGUCCGGUUCUUUCCAGAAGAUGUAGUUGAAAGGAUUAAUGGCCUGCAGCACAAGGACAGUGUGUCAUCGUCAUUGUCAGAGACCUGGGAUGAACUUGGCUUUGAAACACAAGGAGCAAUGUCCUUGAGUGACAGUAAUGCCUGGAAUAGGACCAAAGAAUCUGAGAGCCCGCUGAAUAUCACAGAGGAAGAUAGAGGGAAAGAGUCACUUGAUGAUAUGACUGAACACAAAAGCAACGAAGAGAUCUUAAAAUCAGAGAAUGCCCACCAGAGGGGAAGGAGCCUUGAGCCCCAGCUUAGUCUGAUCACUGAGCAGACUGAAUCGUACGACACCUGGAACCCAGAGUCUGUAGGUAACAAUAAGUGGAACCCCAUUACCUUACAUAGUCUGCAAUUGACACCACCAGAGGAGGAAUUUAUUGGAAAAUGCAGUGCUGGUAUUGUUGGAGUGAAAGAAAAAACAUCCUCAUUGUUGAGAAAGAAAGCAACCCUAAACACUUUAACACCUGACACAUCUAAAGAAGAUGACGAAGGGGUCCAAGGGAAAAAAGGAGACAGGCAAAUGGAGCUUCUAGAUUUCUGGACAUACUCAGCUCAAAAGGGAUUUCUCAAAUCAGAUAGCGGAACCACCACGUCUUACCCUGAAUCCCUAGAUUUGUGGAAUAAGACAAUCAGGGAUGACAGUCUAUCACCUCUCACGACCCCAGACAACUUGUCUGGAAACUCAGGUUCUUUCUGUGGGGUGAUCCCCAACGUUGAGACUAGUGCAUCUGUUGAAAGUCCAGAAGGAUUCUCUGAUGGUGGAAUGGUGAUGUGGAACACCACCAUACAGGAAGAAAGCUCUUCCACAGUAACGAGCCCCGAAGGACCUGAAAAUGAAAAGAACCUUAGUCACAUGGGGUCCUUGGACACCAGUGACUCUCCAAAGACACAUGAAAACAAACAGGUAGAACAAGAAACAGCUAAAGGGGAGGAGAGAGGUAUGAAUAAAGCACUUACUCAAACACCUGAAGAAGUGGAAUGGAAAGGUUAUGAACACAAUGUGAAAAUAGUUAUAGAGGCUGCAGAAGGUAGAACACAGGGUGAAGAAAAAUGCGAUGAUGACAUCCAGAGUUUUCAGAGCCAACAGUGUGUCUUGCAGGACUUGGCAUUUGAGCGUUCUGAAUAUGAGACUACCCCCCACCAAGGAACUGACAUGAUGGACCUACCUGUGCCUGGCAUGGUCACCUCUACUUCAGAAUAUGAAAAUGUAGGAGCUGGCACUUGGAGCCUGCCAUCCUCCCCUGACACUCAUUCCAGCCCCGUAGUUGACAUGAUACAGCUUGAGGAGCAGUCUAGCCCUUUUAUAGCUGUGACAAAACCUAAUCAGAUCGAGGGGCCCAAUCAAUACCAGAAGGCAGACCCUCUGGGAAACACUGAAUCCAGAGCAGAAAUUUCCGAAAGAGGACAGCCGACCAACCAAGUGUUCCUAUUUGAGGGAGCUAGUGAGUUCGGUCAUAUGAUCAGCAGUGGAGUAAGUUCAAUUGAGAGUAAGGAGGCCCAAAAAACAUCAGAGGAAGCUGAUUGGAUUGAGCAACAUAGUGAACAUUCCCCAUUUGUCCUGGUGGACUGUUCCACUGUCACUCAGACCACCUCAGCAAAACAUCAUUCAUGCCAGGGAGAAGCUGCUGAUACUCAAGUACGGUCUGACCAAUCAUUAUCCCCAAGCCUUGCCGAGUGGCACAAUCCUGAUUUGAAUGAACAUGCCAUUGAAAGCCAAAGUGGUCAUGACAAUGAGAGCACUGGAAACGCGGUGGGGAAAACAACAGAAACCAUGUCCUUAAGCUCCAGCUCUGGGGGGGAUAGAGACAUGCUGAAAUAUAGCCCCGACAGCCUUCACCCAGGUAGUAGAGAUGAACUCCGGUCCAAUUCAGAUGGAGAUUCAUCAUCAGGCCUAGAAAUGGAUUACAUCAUUGUGUCUGGCACAGUAAAAGAAGCUGAGAGAGAAUGGCACGAUAGGCCUAAACAGAGUGGCAGUCAAUCAAAAGGUACAAGAAAGUCCAUGGAGACUUUUAGCAUGCUUUCUUAUGCUGCCACUGUUCUACAAGCCCAGGCAAAAGCUGCAAACAGAGAGCGCCAGGAGAACACAGAACUAAGUAUGCAAAACCAAAUGAUCAGAGAUACUGACGACACACUAAGCAAAGAAACACAGCAAAGUGAUAAUACCACUGAGCAUCACAUGGUGCCACAAAUAAUCAGUCCUAGCCAAUCAAAAACUAACUGUGAAUCUUUUCAUCAGUCAGAUUCAAGACCAAUAGGUUUCAGUCAACCACAGGUAGAAGAAGGCAACUAUGAUGAUAAGUCAAACUUUGUGGCCAGAAGUGUAUCCCCAUCACUUAGAUAUCCAUCAGACCACUUCCUGAAGACCAGAGAAGAAGUUUAUGUCCAUUCACAGAUCUCGAUGGAAGAUUCAGAUGAGGGUGGGCAGUCACCCUCUGCACCCACACAAUGCCCCACUUCUUUGGGAGACCUUCAAGGAUGGAGGGCUCAGUUAGUGGGACAGGACGCACCGCAAACCACCUGUGAACCACAGUCACCUAUUCUUACCAACAGUUCAGUCUCACAUACCAGCUCUUUGCUUGGCACCCCUUUAAGUGAAUCUGGCAAUUCUACUCAAAGAGGACUUGGAUUACCAUUUUCUGGAGAUUUGAUGGAAGACGAGAAUGAUGUGGAAGAGCAGGAGGAGAUUACCGAUGCAGAGUGCACAGAAAGACAACAGUUAGGAUGUUGUGAUCUGCUAAGCUUCACUGAGGAGGUGGUUGGAGGUUCUUCAUUUCAACAAACAGGUUUACAACCACUUGAGCCACAGAGGUUCCCACCAAAUACAGUGGAAUACUAUAAUGGCCAACCAGUAAGGACUAUUGAUUGUGAUAAAUGGUUGACCGAACAACAAAUCGGAGACCAUCAAUCUUCUCAAGAUCGCUAUUCUCCUGUUUCAAGAAGACAACAAGAUGUGACUUCACAGCUUUCCUCCCAGCCAACCAAUGAGAACGCUGCAUACCAGUGGACAGGAACUGAGACUGUAACACAGGGCCAAACACAAUAUGGCUACAGCUACCACCACAUUGACCAUAGAACUGAAACAGCCAGUAUGGAUGAUAAUGGUUCUAAGUUUCAAUAUAUAGCUGAAAGCCAGUAUGGAGAUGACUUCAACUCCAUGUUCGCCUAUGAACUCAAGUCCUCUCAGUAUCAAGCUGAUGGCCAGAGUCGGAAUGAGACUUAUGAUCUUGACAGACAGCCUUUCUACCAAUCAAAUGUCGACCAUGAGAGGGAAGAUCAUGCGCGAUAUAUGCCAGAGGAAAAUAUUUACUCUCUCCCAUCCAGAGACUCCCAACAGGGAGACGGUGCAUCGGGGAUUAUGAUGAAGACGGCCUCCAGUGAGGAGGCUGCUGAGGAGAUGGAUAACAGAGAAGAUGCACCAUCCUCAGCUGAUCUGUCAGGAGGCUCCAAUCAGAGGAGAAAGUUGACAGCCCCACCAAUGAAUGUGUCAUUGGACCACAGUGAGGGGUCUAUUCUCUCAGAAGAUGCCCUUGACACUGAAGACGAUGCCUUGGAUACUGGUGACGACCUGGAUGUCAAUGUAGACGAGCUAGACUCUCCUGAUGAGGACGACUCACUGGAGUUCAACAGACACGGGGACUCAGAAGAGUUGGCUGCAGGAGCAGCAUCAGGUGAUGCAUUUGCAGCACACAGAGCAGCUGAGGAGAGCAGGGAAAACCGGCUGUGGAGAAGUGUGGUGAUUGGAGAGCAGGAGCAUCGCAUUGACAUGAAGUGCAUUGAGCCAUACAAAAGAGUAAUUUCACAUGGAGGUUAUUAUGCUGAACAAAAUGCCAUCAUCGUCUUUGCAGCAUGCUUCCUACCAGACAGCGACUGUGACAAUUACAAUUAUGUAAUGGAAAACCUUUUUCUGUAUGUAAUAAGUACGUUGGAACUAAUGGUGGCAGAAGAUUACAUGAUUGUUUACCUGAAUGGUGCCACACCUCGCAGAAGGAUGCCGGGCUUUACCUGGAUGAAAAAGUGCUACCAAAUGAUAGACAGAAGACUGAAGAAAAAUCUUAAGAUGUUCAUCAUUGUCCAUCCUUCCUGGUUCAUAAGGACUUUGCUGGGAAUAACCAGACCCUUCAUAAGCUCCAAGUUCAGCAGUAAGAUAAAGUAUGUGAACAGUCUGCGAGAGCUCGGAGAAAUCAUCCCAAUGGAGUAUGUCCACAUUCCCCCCAGCAUUGUAAAGUAUGACGAGGAGAGGGGUAUACACAAAUUUGCAUGCAUGAGACUGGAUACAGAAUUACAAGACACAUCUGCUAAAGCCGACAAGAAGGGGAACUCUUUUGUCUGACAGUAAAAGAUCCAGGACUGCUGCCUAUCUCCUCCCUGUAUUAUGCUGUACUGUACUGCAGUAUAUAUAAGCUAGUCUGCAGCGUGACAUGUACGGCACAUAGUUGUUACAACAAGAACUUGCAAAUGGUUAGAAAGAAAGAUGCUGUGGUACAAAACAUCCGGCAGCUGCUUGUUCAUGGAGCAAAGUACCAACCUGAGGGUGCUGGACAUAAUACUGUAUUUACAGUGCAGAGGCUGUCACUGUGCUGAAGGAAAGAUGCUUUAUUCUGUAUUACUGUAUAUAACACAGCACUUGAUUGUGUUACACAUUCUGUAGCUUUUUCUUUUCUUUUCUCUUAAUCUUUAAUUCUAACAAACCUUUUAUUAUUAUAUAAUUUAAUUUGGAGAAAUUACUAACAGGCUUAUUUUGAAUUCAUGUAUUAAUCUACCCUGUCAGUUGCCAUCUGUACCUUUUGUAAACCAUGGUAUUAAUAAGUGUGGAUUCCUUAAAAACGUAGAAAGGC